UUCCUAACCACGAACACCACGCACCAUGCUCCUCACUCCCCUCAUCGCACUCCUCGCUGCCCUCCCCGCGCUGGCGGAGCAGGCGGUCCUGGCCCAAGAGCCGUGGCAGGCAAAGUACGGCGGGACCCCCGACCUCACGUUCUCCGGCGUCGCGGGCUUCGGGCGCCUCCCGCACGCCGUGUGUCUCGAUGAGCCUGGACGGGGGUUUGAUGUCGCCGUCUUGGGGAUGCCGUUUGACACCACCGUGUCGUACCGCCCCGGAGCACGCUUCGGCCCGCACGGCAUCCGUACCGGCUCGCGCCGUAUCGGCCCCGCCAGGUCGUUCAUCUACGGCUGGGGCUUUUCGCCCGCGCAGGACUCGGGGCUGGACAUUAUCGACUGCAACGACGUCCCCGUGUCGCCGUACGACCCCGCGCUCGCAAUCGACGAGAUGCAGGUCGCGUACCAGACCCUCCUCGCGCGCCCCGUCUCGACCCCAGACGCAAAGUUCACCCGCCACCUUGCGAAGGACGGCAAGGAGCACCCCCGCCUCCUGACCCUCGGCGGCGACCACACCAUCGUGCUGCCUAUCCUUGGGGCGCUGAGCGAGGUGUAUGGGCCUAUCACGGUGCUGCACUUUGACGCGCAUUUGGAUACUUGGAAUGGACACGAGCUCGGCGGCGCACACACCGAGCAGCACAAGGUGACCCACGGCACCUUCUUCUGGAAGGCCCACGAACUCGGGUACAUCAACAACGCGACCUCGGCACACGCGGGCAUCCGCACCCGUCUCUCGUCCAUGGCCGACCUGCUGCACGACGAGGCGGUCGGCUUCCGCGUCUUCUCCACCGACGACAUUGACGAGCUCGGCGCGGACGGCGUCGCGAGCGCGCUGAAGAAGAGGUUGGGCAACGGACCUGUUUAUCUGAGCUUCGAUAUUGAUACCAUUGACCCGUCGAUGGCGCCGGCUACCGGCACCCCCGAGUCCGGCGGCUGGACGACCCGCGAAGUGAAGCGCAUUGUGCGCGGUCUGCACGGCCUGAACAUUGUCGGCGCGGACAUUGUCGAGGUCUCGCCCGCGUACGACACCAACGCCGAGCUGACGACCAUGGCUGCUGCCGACCUGGCUAUGGAGUUCCUCGCGCUCAUGACCUCCAAGGAUGGGCCUAUUCCGGCGUCGAAGAAGGGCGUGCUGAACCCCGAGCUCAAGGCCAAGCUGGCCAAGGCUGAGGCUGCCAAGGCGGCUGCGCGGGAUGAGCUCUAGCCGGUGGUGGUGUCUGUAGAGUCGAUGAAAGGCGUCUGGGGC